AUGGCCGCCACAUCGGAAGCCUUCACAGAGGUAAAAGCAUCAGCGAAGCCAAGCAUCUGGCGCCGCGCCACCUCGUUCGGCCGUCUGCUGUUCUACGCUGUUCCCUCGUCGACAGAUUUAAUUAUUCUGCUCGUUGGUUUCCUUGCUGCUGUUGCAUCUGGAGUCCCGUUCCCUAUCAUGUCAAUUGUCUUUGGACAGCUAGUCAACGGAUUGAACUCGGCUACCUGCGAGAUCGACCCCUCCACUGCCGCAACCUACCAGGAUGGGAUCAACUCCAAGAUACUGCUUAUUGUUUAUGUUGGAAUCGCCUAUUUUGCACUCAUUUAUAUCCACACUAUUUGCUGGAACGUUUUUAGUGAGAGAUUGGCUCAGCGCAUACGCGAGGCAUAUUUCAGCGCCAUCUUACGACAGGAUGCGGCGUUCUUUGACAACUUGCCCGCUGGUGAGGUGUCUGCACGCAUCACAGACGAGAUAUCUGUCGUGCAGCAGGGCACGAACGAAAAGGUCGGCAUUGUGAUCAGCAGUGUGUCUUUCGUCAUCACCGCGUACGUCGUAGCCUUUAUUAAGAAUCCAAAGCUAGCUGGCAUGCUUGUAUCUCUCACUCCCGCAUACCUCAUCAUGGCGCUAGGUGGUGGAUACUUCGUGCAAAAGUAUGUUGGCCACUCAAUGAGCACCAUGGCCAAGGCAUCAUCAGUCGCUUUAGAGGCAAUCUCAAAUACAAUGGUUGUGCACACCUUCUCCGCUAAUGCACGCUUGGAGGAGAAGUUUGUUGAAGUCCUGACGCCGGCUCUGUGGGCCGGUGUACGGAAAUCCGUGGCUGUGGCAUUGCAGGCUGGUCUUUUGUACUUCAUUGCUUUCUCAGCAAAUGCACUUGCUUUCUGGCAAGGAUCCCGGCAGAUUGCCAGCGCUGUAGAGUUGAAUACGUUGCAAACCGGUGGCAUUACAGUUGGAGCCACAUUCACUGUCAUGCUGGUUCUCAUAGACGUGUCCUUGGUUCUCAGCCAAGCUGCUCCAUUCUUGAGAAGCUUUGAUGCCGCAUCCGUAGCCUUUGCUAAGUUGGAGGCUGAUAUAAACCGGCCUGCAAGUAUUGAAGGCACUAGCAAAGAUACAGGUCGUAUACUUCCAGAUGUUUCAGGAAAGGUAGAGCUGCGCAAUGUUCAUUUCACCUUCCCAUGUCGUCCUGAUAAGCCCGUGCUGCAGGAUCUGUCUUUUUUGUGUCCAGCUGGUCAGCAGACUGCCAUCGUUGGUCUCUCCGGCAGUGGUAAAUCCACAGUCGCCGGACUGAUCACCCGAUUCUACAAUGCAGACGAGGGAACUGUGCUUUUGGAUGGUCACGACCUCAGAGAGCUGAACACCAGGUCAGUUCGAAGUCAUAUCAGUCUCGUACAGCAGGAGCCAUGCCUUCUGAACGGAUCAAUACUGGAAAACAUUGCCCUCGGUCUUAUCAACUCACCCAAGCAUGAGCACCUGCGGCCGGCACUAAUGAGCGACGUCCUUGCCAAAGUUGCGGCUGCAGUCCGAGAUGGCCAAGUCUUGGUGGUAGCCUCCCAAGAGCAUGGUGACCACGUCCGGGAAAUCGUUGAACUGACGAUUAACGCUGCUGUAUUGGCUGAUGCGAUCGGCUUCAUUGGACGUUUACCGGAAGGGUUUGGGACCUCAGUCGGUGCCCAGGGUCAUCUUAUCAGUAGCGGGCAAAAGCAGCGUAUCUCGCUGGCUCGUGCCUUGGUCAAGGAUCCACGUAUCCUCGUCCUUGAUGAGGCUACUUCCUCCCUCGAUUCGGCCUCAGAAUUACGGAUUCGGCAGGCUCUAGACAAAGUGGCAGCCGGACGGACCGUGAUCACAAUUGCUGACCGGCUGUCGGCUAUCAAGAAUGCGGACAGUAUCAUUGUUAUGCGCCAGGGCAAGCUGCUAGAGCAAGGAACACACCAGGACCUUAUCGACGCCAAUGGCGCGUACGCCGAGCUCGUUCGUCUUCAGAACCUCAACGUCAACGGAGGCGAUGAGAAGUUCCACAGAAGAGAUCUACGAUAUUCCGUGACCAUUGAGGCAUCGACCUUCGCUGGUGUCCCUCAUGCCAGCAACGGAAGCCCAGCAGACCAAGGAGUCGGGGGCGAACGCACGUUCUCGUCAGUUGCUCAGUCGGUGGGUGCCCUGUUCCGGCCGUACUCGUUCGUGCUGGUCAUCGCAACUGUUGGAGCGGCCGUUAUUGGCGGCACAUAUUGUGGAUCUGCCGUGAUCUUCGGUAACGUUGUCAGCAAGCUCAGUUACUGUGAAGAACAUAGCUCCAUCCGUCAUGCAGGUCAUGUAUUUGGGCUCCUAUUUUUCCUUCUCACCACCAUUGAAUUCACAGCCAAUUUUCUCAGCUGGUCUCUCUUUGGCUGGGUCGCUGAGCAGGUUGUAUAUAAGGUGCGCGUGCUCACUCUGCGGUCCAUUCUCGAACAGGAUCUGGUAUGGCACGAAACAAAAUACCAGAACCAAUCUUUUCUGCUUGGACUUAUUACGAAGGACAGCGUUGCCCUCGGUGGCCUGACGGGGUCCGUGGUUUGCACGGUCCUGUCGAUUUUUGUCAGUCUUAUCGCUACUAUCACCAUGACACACAUUAUUGCCUGGAAGAUUGCGAUAGUAUGUCUCUCAGUUGUACCGCUCCUCCUGGGUGCUGGAUACAUGCGUGUCACCACGUUAGCCAGCUUUGAAGAGGAACAUCUAGAAGCUUUCGCAAACUCCAACACCAUCACCGUCGAGGCCGUCAACUCCAUCAAGACGGUCAUGUCGCUUUCACUAGAGCACGAGAUUCUCGGCACAUAUAGGCGCUCACUUAAGGGUCCCAUGCGCCAAAUCAUGAAGCACAGUGCCUGGGCCAAUCUGUGGUUGGCUUUCGGUUAUGGUCUCAGUAACUUCCUCUAUGUGCUGGCCUACUGGUGGGGAUCAACGCGCAUUAUCGCAGGCGAGUACACUCAAACCCAGUUCUUCAUCGUGCAACUCGCCCUCCUCGUCAGUUCCCAGCUAUGGGGGCAGGCGUUCGCCCUCGCGCCAGACGUCUCGCGCGCAUUCCAGGCUACACGACGCCUUCUGAACCUGGUGGACAUGGGAUCAACCAAGAAGCUUUCCGCGCCUCUCGCUCGGGUGUGGGACGUCGAAGCCACGAUAGCUAGUGAGAAGCCACGGUCAUCGGCCGGGGGCGUUAGCGUGGUCUUCAAACAAGUCUUCUUCUCAUAUCCGGCACGGCCAGAUACCCGGAUUUUGCAUGGACUGGAUCUAAGCAUUCAGCCCGGGCAAUUUGCAGCCCUUGUCGGGCCAAGUGGUGCUGGCAAGUCAACGAUCAUCUCGCUCAUUGAGCGCCUGUACACCCCCGAGUUGGGAACAGUUGAGGUAGACGGGCAUAACAUCGCGUACGGAGAUACCUCUUUCCGUCAUGCUAUUGCCUACGUCCCGCAGCAGAGUGUCAUGUUCGACGGAACCAUCCGAUUCAACCUGACCCUCGGUGCGAGACCCGGCCAAACGGUCUCCCAGAUGGAACUCGAGGAAGCGUGCAAAUCGGCCAACAUCCACGACACGAUCAUGCAGUUACCUGAUAAAUAUGACACAGUCUGUGGGCCAAAUGGCGGCCGGCUUUCGGGAGGACAGAAGCAGCGGUUAGCCAUUGCGCGGGCGCUUGUUCGUAAGCCUCAGCUCCUAAUUCUGGAUGAGUCGACAAGUGCUCUGGAUGCGGAAUCCGAGCGCUUGCUUCAGGAUGGAAUUGAGAAGGCUGCGAAACAUAUGACUAUCAUUGCCAUUGCGCAUCGGUUAUACACUAUCCGCAAGGCGGAUGUGAUCUUCCUAAUUGAGAAUGGGCGGUGCCUUGAUCAAGGCACGCACGCGCAGCUGAUGGAGCGUAGUGAGAGUUGCCGUAUCAACGCCCUGAACCAAACAGUUGGCUCGUGA